AUGAGAGGACAUAGUUUCUAUUGGGUUAGAUCUCUUGCACUUAAGACAAACCUCGAGCUACUUCUUAUAAAUAAAUCUUGGGUGAAGGAAAUCUCUAAAGCAUUUGGGUCAUUCACUAAAGCUAAGCAAGAAGCUCUCCAUUGUCUUUUUCUUCCGCGACGUUUUCUUCAUUACAUUGUGAAGAAAGUGUUGAUUGUUGAUGCAGUUGUGGUGGCAAAAAAUCUUGGAGCAACUCUUGUAUUGCCAGACAUAACGGGAAGCAAACCUGGUGAUAAGAGGGAUUUUGGAGACAUAUAUGAUGCAGAUAAAUUUGUAAAGAGUCUAGAAAGGGUGGUUAGAGUGUCUAAAGACCAACCUAUAGGGAUAUCAUCAAGGAACCUUGCAGUUGUCAGAGUUCCAAAUCGAUACAAAGGCAACAUAAAGCUGGCAACAUACUUUCCUUCAGUGAAUAUGAAAAAGGGUGAGCAAAAAACCAGCACGAAUUUUGUGGCAUGCUUAGCAAUGUUUGGAACUUUAAAGUUACAACCAGAGGUUCAUGAAGUGGUUGAUUUGAUGAUUGAGUGCCUAAGAACUUUAAGUCGGAAGUCAUAUGGCCGGUUCAUUGCUAUGGACUUGAGGAUUGAAAUUCUAGAGGAGAUUGCAUUAUUUUUAAGGAAGAUUGGUUUUGACAAGGACACUACUUUAUACUUGACCUAG